CGUGCCGUGUGGAGCGGAGCGGAGGCGACAAACCGGGACGAGCCGAGCGGCGUGACGGGCUGAGGAGACGUUUUUGGCGCUUCUUUAUAAGAGUACCUAAGGAAAAGUGGGACAUUGUCUUACGGCAGCCUCAGGUCUUCCGAGUGAGGAGUCUUGAUCUGAACUGAAGUCAAGGUGCCUGUACCUCCUGCUUUCCUGCCCACUUUCCAGCCUGCUGUCUCUGACUACAGCCAUCAUGCCUCGGGGGCAGAAAAAUAAGCUUCAAGCUCAUGAGAGAUGCCGCCAGGCCAAAGGUGAGACUCAGGGCCUCCAGAGUGCUGAGGCUCCUGCAGCCAAGAAGCAGCUACACCCUUCCUCAUCUUCUCCUCAGUUUAGAGGUACUACUCAGAGAAAGUCUGCUGCUGUGUCACGUGGUGCUCUCAAGAGGCGUCAGAGAGCCCUACCCACCACAGCGUCUGUAGAUGCUCCUUGCACAAGAUCAUCCAGAAGAGCCAACUGCAAAACCAAGAGAAAGCAAAGUUCUUCCCAGGCCCCACUCUCCACUGUGGAGUCUCCCAGAGGCCCUCUAACCAAGAUGGCAGGUACAUUGGUACAAUUCCUAAUGUACAUGUCCAAAAGUAAAAAGCCUAUUAUGAAAGCAGAUAUGCUGAAGAUUAUCCCUAAAAACUACAAAAAACACUUCCUUGAGAUCCUCAGAAGAGCUGCUUUCAACAUAGAAGUGGUUUUUGGUGUUGACCUAAAGGAAGUUGAUUCUACCAAGCGAUCCUAUGUUCUCGUCAGCAAAAUGAAUCUUCCCAACAAUGGGAUAGUGAAUCGUGGCAGGGGUUUUCCCAAAACUGGUCUGCUGAUGAAUCUCUUGGGUGUGAUCUUCACAAAGGGCAACUGUGCCACUGAGGAGAAGAUAUGGGAAUUUCUGAAUAAGAUGAAGGUCUAUGCUGGGAAGAGACACUUCAUAUUUGGGGAGCCCAGGAAGCUCAUCACCCAAGAUUUCGUGAAGCUUAAAUACCUCGAGUACCGCCAGGUGCCCAACAGCUAUCCUGCACGCUAUGAAUUCCUUUGGGGUCCGCGAGCCCAUGCUGAAACCAGCAAGAUGAGAGUCCUGGAGUUUUUGGCCAAGAUCCAGAACACAGCACCCAGUGCCUUCCCAGCCUUGUAUGAAGAGGCAUUGAGAGAUGAGGAAGAGAGAGCUGAAGCCAGAGAUAUUUAGUGAUAGCAAAUGGAAUGUACCGGGGCUGUGUUCAGCUCCUCCCACACCUAAUGAAGUUGAGGCAAAUUCUUCACUUUGUAGUUAAAGAGAGCAGUCACUGUUCCAAACAGUAGAGGUCUCGAUGUAACCUGAGGGAACACAGUGUCUAAUACUUGUGUGUUCCUGUUCUAUUUGGGUAAUUUGGAGGUUUUUUAUAUUUUCUUGGUAUUUUUCAGAGGUUUCUUUUAUUCAAUAUUAUAAUCUAAGUUUAUGCAUUGUAUAAGUCAUGCUCAUUUAUCAAGUUUAAAAAUAAGAGUUUUAAGAAAAUUUCAUCUUUUUAGUGAUCUGCUGCAAUUUAACAGAAUUGAAACAAGCAUUUCCUUGAAAAUGUGAAAAAUCAGCAGUAAAAUGGAAUUGAGAAAGAAAAAGCAUCAGAUACUCAGUAUUUUGUUUCCUAAACUCCUUUACUCUGUUUUAUAAAAUUAAAAGAUAAAUAAAUGUACCUGGCUUAUUCGAUAGUAUAGAAUUA